AUGGCAAACAUCAGAUACAACCGAGAAGAAUUAAACCAACUUUUGGAGAAGGCCAAAAUUCAUUACCCGGUCGAUAAGAGUGUUUUGUGUAAGUAUUUAUACAGAAACAAACCUGAAUGUUACUUUGAUUUAAUAACAUCUGAGAAGCCAUCGAUAAUGAGAACAUACGUGAAAGACAACAGUGGCGACCCCAGAUGCCCUAUCAAUGGAGAAAUUAACGGACUGUUUUUUACGGCAAGUGUAAACUACGGCAGCCAGGAUGGAGCUCCUAUUCCUAAAUCUCCAUUUGGGAAGAAAAGACUGAUUGUACCCAUCGAACGCCUCUUCAACGUCCACGCUUGCAACAUCUAUUUUUCUGAUUUUUAUUGCAUGACAAUAGAAGUAUUUUACACAGAAGAUAUUAACAUUGACGAAUUUGAAGAGCAUUGGUUUGAGGAUGUGGGAACAAUUGGGCAAGGAAGUUCGACACCUGGAGGCUUACAGAAGCGACCCAAUUGUUCUAUUUGUAAUUUGAGAUAA